UCUCUCUCUCUCUCUGUAGUGUUCCAUGCUUCAUUCCAUGCAUGCAGUGAUCUGUUCAUUCUCCUCUCAUCCCUGUCUCUCUCACCAGUAUUGUCCUCUCUUUUACACUGUAGGUUGUUCCCUCACAUGCACUUCAUCUGCCAUACUCAUGUGCUCCCCUUGGCCGCUGUAAUAUAACCUCUACAGCCUCAGUAAUGGAUGCUUAGAGGUGAUUUUCUCAUUGCCAUCCUCUCCCUUCCUUGUCUGGUUUGAGGAGUGUGUUGUGAGCCGCCCCAGCCUUUGUUAGUGAGGCCAUGACACAUCAGUAGUUGCACAAAAGACUCACAUUUCACCCACAACAAAGAUGCUGCCACAUUUGCAUGAGAUGACCAUCAUUUAGAAAGGCUUAGGGAAGAGCAGUUGUGUUGUGGUAUUAAAGGAAAUGCAAAGAAAGUGGCCAAAGAGCAGUUGUGUUGUGGUAUUAAAGGAAAUGCAAAGGAAGUGGCCAAAGAGCAGUUGUGUUGUGGUAUUAAAGGAAAUGCAAAGGAAGUGGCCAGACAAAUAUAGCAUGCUGACAUAUCCUGUCCUUGCUUGCCUUCAGUGGUCAGAGUUCAUGGACGGGAAGUGUCUUAUCUCAGUGUGUGGAAGUGAAAUUAUUUUGCUUGUUAACCACAACUCACUACCCUGGCUGCAUGCUUUUAUUGAUUAUUAAUUUAAAGGUAACAUGCACACAUAUCUUGUCCUUGCCUGAUCAGUGGUCAUAGAAGAUAAAUUUUAUAUCAUAGUGGAAAUGAAAUAAGUUUUCCUGCCAGCCAUGCCUCACUGCCUUGUCUGGAUGUUUUUAUUGAUCAGUUUAAAAAGCCUUAAAAGUGUAGUGGCAGAACAGGCAAGGUUGACUGAACUGUUGUGUCCUGUUGGUGAUUACUGUGGUUGGUAUGGUGUGCAGCUGAGUGUGCUGUCAGUGGUGUGACUCUUGGCCUCUCCUCUCAUGGCUCAACACUGCAGGUCAAUCCUCUUUCCUUCAAAACAUGAGGCAUUGUAGUGGCAGCACCUCCCAGCCCCCUGGUGGUGCAUCACACCCUCCUCACUGCCAUGCACCUGCCAGCCACCCCACCACCUGUUCACUCCAACCCUUAUAAGUGCUGUAAAGCCUUCCCUUCACAUCAUCCCGCCUCAUUCAUGGGUCAGUGCUGCAUGGCCUUGCAUGCUGAUGUGUUGAGAAAGUUGAGAAAGACAUGUUUUUCUAUAAACAUGAUUUUUAUUUAUUUAUUUAUUUAUUUUUAUUUAUUUAUUUAUUUUCUUAUUCUUUUGUAUUAUUUAUUAUCCUCUUGGUUUAUGUUUACAUUUACAUUCUGUCAUUGCACUUUGUCUUGUGCAACACUGUCGUGAUGUGUGGCUCUCUGCAAGCAGCACCAUGGCCCCAGCAGAGUGCCUCCAUGCAUGUAUGCAUGUCCUGGGUGUACACCACUGUCACUCAGUCUCACCACCACCACCACCACUGCAGGAUGUGGAUCUGCAGUUAUUGUACUCUUAUUUUUAAAGCUGAUUUUGUGAAGCUUUUAUUUAUACACUGUUUUCAUGGAGAAUUAACCUCACAUGAACAGAAAUAAAGGUGCAAGUGAAAGGGUGAUCCCUGCAGUACACCAGAGAGGUUAGGGCGGCUGAGGCAGGAACAGGCAGCCAGCAUGAGUGAGGUGUGAGGCAGCACCAUGUGUGGCGUGCUGCUCCCCUGUGAGCUGUGAGGCUGGCCUGUGCUGAGGUGUGAAUUCUGUGGUGGCGUGAUGCAUGCCUAGUGUAAGUAGCAUGGCGGUGUGGUAAGGAGGUGGCAAGCAUGGAGCCGUCAGCCGCCCUACAGGAAGAUGAGACAGACUACGGAAGCAGGGCAGGGCUGCAGCAGCGGGUGGUGGAGCUGUGGUCCUGCCAGGCGGGGCUGCGGCUGCGUCACCUCCGCCAGGUGGUGGGCAGAAACCUCAGUGGCCAUGGGCACCACCCCAUCCCAGUGCCCUCCUGCCCCCUGCCGUCCAAGAGGCCCAGAUCCAAGGCCACCAUGGGGUACUACUUCUCCCUGCACGCCCCAUCCAGCAAGGAGGAGAUCUAUUCCAGUGAGCUGCAGAGCACGUCAAACCCCAACUGGGUGGACAUCGAGGUGGAGAACAUCAGGCCCAUCAAUCGCCAGUCACUGAGAGGAGUGCUGGUGCGACUGUGGUUCCGGUCAGAGGGGGAGGAGGCCCAGCUGGUGACGUCUUGGGGCAUCCACUUCAGCGGGCUCAUCCCAGUGGGCAAGGCGCUGCCCUACGACCAUGAGAAGUUCCGGCCCAACACUCUGGUCUUCAAGCUGCGCCACAUUUUCUACACGGCGCCCGGUUGCUACCAGGAUCACAGGAAGCAGCCGCUGCCACCCCUCCUGCGCUUUGGCUUCUCCCUGCCACUCUCAGAGACCAAGCCGAGCUACACUGUCAGCGCCCUGUCAAGACUGCACAGCACCAAGCGGGCCCAGCGGCAGCAGGAGGUGAAGUGCCAGGAGACGCAGGAGAUGCUAGAGAUGCGACACAUCACCAGGACCGCCCAGAGUCACAUCAUGGGAUCCAAGGUGGAGGACUGCCGCAUGAGAGUGGCCUUACUCAGGGACCAGCUGGAGGAGGAGAUAGACAAGCUGCGUGGCCUUAAACUCUCGGCGGACAACCUCGACAACCAGAACCAGGAGAAAGGCCUGGAGCUGCUGGAGGGGUACCAGGCCCUGCACCGCCAGCUGGGCACGGUGCGGACGCUCUCUAGCCAGGAGGGCACCAAGCGUGACUCCCUCAAGAAGCUGUCAGACUGCCUCAGCACCUGGCGCAAGAUGCUCAUCGCCCAGCUGCCUGUCGUCUAUCCUAUCAAGCAGGGCAGUGACGGGAAGUACCGGAUCUGUGGCGUGCACCUCCCUGAUGCUGAGAACUAUGACGGCACCAGCGAGCGCACCCUGAGUGUGGCACUGGGAUACGUGGUGCAUGUGGUGGUGCUCCUCUCCCAGCUGCUCAACCUGCCCCUGCGCUACCCUCUCCGCCCCUACGGCUCCACUGCCACCAUCAAGGACACCACUUCCCUCCUGCUGGCCGACACUGCACGGGAGUUUCCACUGUACACUGGUGGGAAGGAGCGGGAGAAGCUGCAGUUCAACUAUGGGGUGUUUCUGCUGAACAAGAACAUAGCCCAGAUGAGGUGGUACUGCGGCAUCCCCACCCCGGACCUCAGACCAACCCUGGCCAACCUGCACUUCCUGCUGGCAAAACUGAGCCAACCCAGCGUGGGGACCCAGCCACCCACCCCUAUGCCUGACGUCAUGAUACCCGUGAGCGCCGGCACCACCUCUGUCACCCUGGAGGUGCGGACACCCCCGAGCCUCCUGCAGCAGCAGCACUCCCCCAGGUUGCCCCUUAACCCUCUGGGCCAGGCCCGUUCCACCAGCCAGGACAGUGGCCGCAAUGCCCCACCUGAGGAGGAGGAAGAGGACAUACAGUCGCCCUGGCAGCCAGCAAAAUCUGGCAGCGAGACCACUUCAAGCGACGUGUCCCCCGUGAAGGCGUCGCGGCUGUGCGUGCGGGAGGCGGUGCCAAUCACCAGCCCCACCUCCUCCACCGGCAAGUUCAUCUUUGUGGACCAGGUACCCGUGGGCCUGGGACCGGUGGUGCAGCGGGAACUGAGCCUGGAGGAGCGGCUGGCCUACACCAAUGGCCUCAGCCUCUCCCUGGAUGGCCUCAACCACAUUGAGCAGGACCCCUACUACAGGAUCAAGGAACUCUCCAGCUGUGAGGACCUCAACAUGCUUAGCAACGUGUCCAAGGUCCUCAACUACAGCCGUGGGUCCGAGCCGAGCCUCCUGGCCAAGGCGGACGCCCCCGCCGAGGAGGAAAUCCUGCCGGUGUUCAAGGAGCCAACCACAGAGCUGCUGCGGUCGUGGCAUGAGGACGACCCGUCGCACUACACGGGCGCCCUGGAGGGGGUGGCUGUGGACAGGCUGGAGGAGAUGGGGGAGGAGUGCCACGAGAACUUCAUGUUGCCCUCUCGGGAGAUCAACUCUGAGGACAACAAAGACAGUGAGUGUCCCGCCCCCAGUGAGGUAAAGGAAUGCCUGGGCUCGGAGCAAACCUCUGAGGGAACUCCAGACUCAACAGAGACCUCCAACCCAGAAAAGCCUUCGGACAGGAGUGGGUCCAGGGGCAGCCCAGAGGUCCCCAGAGAGGAGAAAGACAAGGAGCUCUCUCUGUCAGAAUUUGGAAUAACUGAGGACAUGUUUUUGAAUGACGUUGCCUUCCGGACAGCCGCCCUCGCCAGCCAGAACUGUAGCUUCAAGAUGUCCUUCUCACGGCAGAGCACAGAGGAUGAGUACCACUAGCAGACAGAAUGCAUAGGAGAUUUUUCUUAUGUCCUGUUUUCUCCAGUUUUAUCAUUUAGUGACAUUUGGCUAGUAAAGGUCAGUUAACUAUCCCCUAAGUAGCCACCCAUAAAAAAAGCUUUAAUGACAUUAAUUAGCAGAGAAUGUACAUUGUGAGCUGCCCCUGUAUAUAGAUUCAGAAGUUUUCUACAUGUCACUUUCUACCAGGCAUCAGCGAGGUGUCCAAGAGGCACGUGUGGAAGGCUCUAGUCCGGCUCUUAGUACGAUUCCAAUAGUUUUCAAUCCUUAUCAGUUUCUGUAAAAAAUCCAUGAGAGAGAAUCUGUUAAAACUUAGAGAAUGAGACGCUUUAAGUACAUGCAUACAUAUUUCCUGUUUUGUGUUAGAGAUGCAGGGCACUUUGUUAUGAGCUGUCAGGAAAGACUAUACUGCAGAUUUUUUUUCUUUUUUCCUUCCUGUGUAUGGCUGUCCUGAGUUGUGAUGUCACAGCCACCACUGAAUUUCAUGUCUAUAACUUGAAUAGAAAUUAAUACAUGAAUUCAUUAACUGCCUCUAUAUCAACAACUUCACAAACAAUAAGAGGAACUAGGGAUGUGAUUUACUUGGAUCAGGUAAUUUCUCUUAUAUCAGCACCUCCACAAAGAGUAAAGAGAAGCAAGGAAUUAAUUGGUGGAGGCUCUGCUGUUGCUAUCUUGUUCUCUUGUAAGGAAUGUGACAUCAAUAUUUUGAAACAUUCUAUGGAGCGUGACAUCACUACUCCAGGCAGUGGUACAUGUACAUGUGCAUCUGACCGGCUCUCUGCUGUGGAAUUUGCAACCAUAACUGUGAUAUAUCUUGUGGCAGUGAGGCACGUUGUACAGCGUUGCAAGUUGUCUCACCGUGCUGCAAGGCGGGGCACUGGGAACACUGAAGGAGAGCAGUAGCCUGGCAGUGGAGGGAAGGAGUGUGUCUGGCAACCCUGUAAAGUGCUGCUCCCCACAACACCAUUUGGAAAGUGCAAGUUUGAAAAAAAUUAUAUACUUUUUUUUUUUUAUGGAAGUAGAAGAGAUGAAAUGAGAGGUGACACUCUUAGGUGGAUGUUGUGAGAUAUUAUGAAAAAAGGUGGAAAAGCAAUUUUAUGUAUUUUCCUUUUUUGUAUUGCUUGGACAUUGGAGAAAUCAAAGGAGACAUAAGUGCUAAACCAGUAGAUGCUGAUAAAGCAACUAGCUACUCUACCUACCUGUAAGAGAGGGAGAGAGAGAGAGAGAGAGAGGCAGUUACAGUAUAUAUCUUUUUUUGAUUAUGAUUCCUGGGCAGCUUUUGCUUCCCAGACCUGAAAUUAUGCAAGGAUCCUGAAGCCUCCCACUGGCUGCAGCACUGAGGCUGCUUUGAUCUGUGAGUGAGUGAGUUUAUUUUUGUAGCAUUUUAUUUUGCUGUAUUUUGGGGGAGUGUUCAUGGUGGGGGAAGACUGUUUGCAUUUCCUUCAUUCACACACACACACACACACACACACACACACACACACACACACACACACACACACACACACACACACACACACACACACACACACACACACACACGUACAUGUAUGUAACUUGUUAUGUUCUUUGAGAUAGCUAUCAGGGAGGAUUAUUACUAACCUUUGUUACAUAUGUAUUCCACAGAUAUUUUACACAUUAUAAUGAAGUCUUGCUCACUUAUUUUGUACCUGUGUGUGUGUGUGUGUGUGUGUGUGUGUGUGUGUGUGUGUGUGUGUGUGUGUGCAUUUUUAGUGAAGAGGUCAGGCUUAAAUCUAUGUUACUACAUGCAUUUGGUCUGUCUGUCUGUCUGUUUUCACAGCAAUUAAGUUGAAUUGGGUGAUAGAAUCCAACACCAUCCCAGGCAUAACAGUCAUUCCUGAGCAAAAGAGGUGAAUUCCAAAAAGUUUCAGCAUUAUCAGAAGCUGUAUUGUGAGAGGCAUCAGGUACAGGAAAGACAUUCUAGGUCUGUCUGUUCUUGUUCCCAUGCUGAGAGCAUUUAGUGAACAGUGCAGUCUUUUUUUUUUCUCCAGUGUGCUUUGUGCAGCAUCACUGCAUGCAGAUGUCUAGUGUUACUCACUGGCUGAGUAUGAAUGCAAGUGUGUUGAUUUUCUUUUUGUUACAUUUGAUGGUCUAACCAGUGUGUGUGUGUUUGUGUGUGUGUGUGUGUGUGUGUGUGUGUGUGUGUGUGUGUGUGUGUGUGUGUGUGUGUGUGUGUUUUAUUCCAAUCCCAGAGGUAGAAGUACCUUAUUUACUGGCUCACAAAACACUCCCUGUUUUACAAGGACAUUUUUAGAAAAGUUUUCAUUUCAUAAUGAGUGCAUGAGAUGCAGGAUAAACUAUAUUUUCUGGGAAGAAGUGCAUCUUAUACACUCUGGAUUGUUAUAUUGUACUGUGUGUAUUGGCUGGCUGAAGCUUGAACCAAGGAUUUAAUUACUUUUGAACAAUGCCAGUGUCAGGAAUAGUAACAACACAGAUCUGCUUCACAUGUGAAUGGGUAACAUUCCCAGAAAGCACUUGACUGAAUAAAAGAAAUAGAGGUUG